AUGAUGCCGUUGUCCAGAACAGUCUUGACGGCCUGUUCAAUGGCUCUUCCUUCUGGAACCAUGUCCAGAGACAGCUUGAGCAUCAUGGCUGCCGAUAAGAUCGUGGCGAGAGGGUUGGCUUUUCCUGGAGCCAAAUCUGGGGCAGAGCCGUGGCAUGGCUCGUACAAUCCAAACGCCUUGUUGGUGUCUGGCAGCGAGGCCAAAGAAGCAGAUGGUAGCAGUCCCAAAGAACCAGGAAUCACGCUCGCCUCGUCACUGAUGAUGUCGCCAAACAUGUUGUUGGUGACCACCACUCCGUUCAGCUUGGUUGGCGACUUGACCAGGAUCAUGGCGGCCGAGUCGAUCAGCUGGUGUUGCACCGUCAGUUGCGGGAACUCUUUGGAGAUGACGUUGUCCACGGUCUUUCUCCACAAACGCGACGAGGCCAGCACAUUGGCCUUGUCGAGCGACCACACAGGAAGCGGUGGGUCGUUUUGCAAGGCCAGGAAAGCUGCCAUCCGGGUGAUUCUCUCAACCUCAGCCACGGAGUACGUUUCGGAGUCACUGGCAACACCGUCGCCUGUGUCCUCCUUACGGUCGCCAAACGGCGACAACUUCAACAAGGCGUCCGAAGCAAAGUUGCAUGGACGCAGAUUGGCGUACAGGUUCAGCUCCUUUCUGAUCUUGAGCAGUCCCUGUUCAGGACGCACGGAGCCGGUUCCCCACUUGGGACCGCCAACAGCUCCCAACAGCACGGCGUCGGCCUUCUUGGCGGCCUUCAGGGCCUCGUCAGACAGAGGAACGCCGGUGGCAUCGAUCGAGGCACCGCCGAUCAGAUGCGUGGAGAACUGGAACUCGACGCCGCUGGCCUUGGACACGGCCUGCAACACCUUGACGGCCUCAUCAAUCACCUCGGGACCCACAUGGUCGCCGGGAAGUAGCACAAUGUUCUUGGUCAUGGUUAGUAAUUUAGUCAACUAUUUCUGCCGGUACCGGUGUGAAAAUUCGCAGGACAGGAUUUUGUGCAAUUCGUGUAAGCGCUUACGUCACCACAUCGACCGACAAAAGCUUGAUAAUAUUGCGAAAAUAAAACAAAAGCACAAACCAGUAGAGGACUCGAGUGAUAUGUCAAGUUCUGGACCGAUAAUUGAGGUGUCUACGGAAUUGAAACAGAAAGUUUUUGGCGACGACCAAGUGAUACCCGAGUUUGCGCAAGAGUCCCAAGCUGGCGAGUCUUUUGCGCACAUUAACCAGUGGAAAGAGUUAGGUGCUUAUUUGGAAGGGUUACAGCGGAUAACCCCUGGAAGCUCCGAUCUGGACAAUCUCGAGCUCAGUUCGAAGAACCCGCUCAACAAGCCUGUGGUGUACCGGAUCUGCAACCAUUGCGACCGGCCCAUCCUCGAGACUUAUUUGGGCGACCAUAUAAAGAGCUGUGCAAACAAGAAACACACCAAGACCACCCCGAAACAGGCCAACGGCAACGGGGUCACAGCAGAAAUGAAGAAACGGCGGUUGGAAGAGACCAAGGAGGCCGCUGUCAGCUCCACAGACACGCCGGAGCCAGAAGAGGCCAAGCUGAACGGUGCUGCCAAGAAACAGAAGGUUGUCAAGCCGGUGAAGGAGAAGAAGGUGAAGAAGAGCGCGAAGGAGAAGAAGGUCACGGGCAAGCCCAAGGGUCCUGUGGACGUGGAGAAGCAGUGUGGUGUUCCGUUGCCGAACGGCGGAUUCUGUGCUCGGUCGCUCACUUGUAAAACGCACUCCAUGGGGGCCAAGCGGGCAGUUCCUGGCCGGAGCGCGCCGUACGACCAGCUGCUGGCGGCGUACCAGCGCAAGAACCAGGCCAAGAUCGGCGCUGCGGCCGCUGCCGCUCAACAGGCCCAGGACGACCUCAUGCACGGGUCUGCUGUUUUGCUGGACGACGAGGAAGAAACACACCAGGUUCUGGACGGCGUGACGCGGUCGACGCCGUGGCCGCUGGAGCGCAAGGUCAUCAUGCCGACCAAGAUCCGCAACUCGUUCCUGCGCAUGCGGGAGAUGUUUGCGGGAGCCAUUCUGCCCCGCAUGCCGUCAAACCCGCUGGGCCAGAUGCAGGGAAGAACGGCUGUGGUGGACAUCGACAAGACUACCGAGUACGUGCAUCCUGUGCGGUCGCAGCACCAGCGGGUGAGCAGCUCCUCGCAGGCACGGCCUACGGUGCCGAUGGCCAAAACAGGCUCGCAGGGUCCGGUGGACGUGCAGUCGCAGAUCUCUGCCCAGGCCCAGCUACUUGCACAGCAACAACAGCAGCUGAGACUGGCACAGGCAAAGAAACAACAACAACAGCAACAGGCGCAGAUGCAGGCCAAGUUCCAGACCCAGCAGCUGGCUGCGGGAAUGGCCAACUCCCAGGACAAGCAGCCUGUCCAGCUGACUCCCCAGCAACAGCAGCAGAUGAUGAUGAGACGGAGAAUGUAUCUACAACAGCAGUCGCAACAGCUACGCCAACAACAACAGCAGUACAUGAACCCUCAGUACAAGAGCCAGCAGGAGAUGAUGAUGAACCAACGGCAGCAAUAA